UCUACGACGGAAGUAGAAAAACCAAUGUGUUUACAUUGGAGAUAAAAAUCGAUUGUGUAUUCAGUUCAGGUAGGAAUGCUCAAGGGACAUUGAUAUAUGGUAUUUAUACUUACAAAAUGCAGGGAUAUCGAUCAACACCAGUGGUACCGAGAAGUGAUAAUUAAUUAUGAACGUGAAGAUUGCUGAUUGUACCUAAGGGAAAUAAAUUAUUUAAUAUAUAUUCUUGUAAGAUCAUGGAUGAUCAGCUAAGAACACCAUCUCCUGGAUGGGGAUCUGGAUCAAGGACUCCAUCACCAGCAUCCAGAACUCCUUCUCCCUCCGCUCGUCAUAGAACUCCAUCGCCACCAUUCAGAGGACACAAAACACACAGUGUCAUCAGACCUCACUCCUCUAAGCCAAAAAAGCAAAUAAAUUCCACCGAGGAUGAGGUGCCAGUCAGACAUAUGCCAAAUUUACGCAGGCCAUGGACAGCACAUGUUAAAUCCUCUCAGUCACAAAAAGUCGCAAGAAAAACUUCAAAGAAAAUUUCUCGCAAGACUCCAACUAGAACAGAAAUUUCAUUUGAAACAAAAAAUGGGCCCACUCCAAGGAAAGAGAAAUCUCCAAGAUCCUCACCAAAAUCAUUUUCUGGUGAACAGUUUAUGCUUCGUACACCAAUGUCAAAGCAUAAUGAAGAAAGUGAUAGAGCAGAAACAAAUCAUACCACUUUGGAUGGUGGUGUUAAAACACUUAUGUCAGAAGAAAACGAAAAUGAUGGAGAGAGUUGGGCGAUCACAAAUGGAUAUGAAAAUGGCACAGAUGGAAGACAGAAGAAGAAACAUCCAACAUAUGAAUCCUGGUUAGCUGGGUCUCCACAUGACUCAGACGAAUAUGAUACAGACUUAGAGGCUGAUGUUCAAAAAGCUAUCCUGGAUUUGGAAAUAGAAGAAAUUAAAAAGAAUAGAAAAGUUGACGAAAAGAAAGAGUUGGACCCAACUGGAAAAACUGCAUACAAUGAAGCUUGUGAGAAGACAGGAUUGAUACCAGUGACAUAUAUGAAUAAACAUCUUGGUGAUAAAAAUCUGAGAAUGAGACAUCAUUAUUUGGGUGGAAAUGGAACAAAGCCUAUAGCAAGAGCACUGGAGAUUAACACUAUAACAGAAAAUUUAGAUUUAGCAGACAACUACUUAGAAUCUGAAGGUGCUAGAUAUGUAGCUCGAAUGCUGAAAGACAACAUGUUUAUUGUCUCAUUAGAUAUCUCCAAUAAUUUUAUUCAGCGAGCAGGAGUAGCAGCUUUAGGAGACAUGUUAGAAUACAACACUACACUCAAAACUUUAGCCAUAGCAGGAAAUCAGUUAACAGAUGUGGAUGCCUGGCACUUGGUUGAACCUUUGAAGACUAAUACAUCACUGACAUCUUUAGAUCUUAGUAAUAAUAAUUUUGGAGAAUUGGGAGGAAUUUAUCUUGGAGGAGCCCUUGCAUUGAAUGAAGGCUUAUUGGAUUUAGAUCUAAGUUGGAAUUCACUACGCAAUAAAGGUGCUGAAACUAUUGCAAAUGCUUUAAUUAAAAAUGAAACUUUAGAAGUAUUAGAUGUAUCCUGGAAUGGUUUUGGUGAGAGGGGUAUGACAGAAAUGCAGAAUUCUUUGAAAAUAAAUAAGAAACUUAGAGUGCUUGAUCUCAGUAAUAACAGAAUCAACAAGAAAGCUGCCAGUCUCCUCAGUAACGGUAUCAAAUAUAAUACAGGGUUAGAAUCAUUGAUAUUAAAUUUAAAUCCAAUGGGAGAUGAGGGAAUGGAGAGCAUCAUAAACAUGGUUAAACUCCAGCCAACACUGAACUAUGUAUCUCUAGAGGAAAUGAACUUGUCCCCUGCCAACUACCACAAAAUUUUAGAUCUUCAGAGUGAGAGAGAUAUAAGUAUAUUACAUGGUGGAUCCGGUGGAUAUCAGCGAUAUACAUCUCAGACUAGUGUGAUGCGGUUAUUUACCAAGUUCUUAAGAGAACACAGACCAGAUAUAGAGACAGCCUUCCUACAACAGGAUAAAGAUCACAGUGGUAACCUUUCUAGUGAGGAUCUAAAGAUGGCACUGAAAACCGCAGGAUUACGUCUAACAAAUAAACAGCUUGGUGUUUUAUUAGAGGACAUUGAUAUGAACCAUUCAGGAGAAAUCAAAUAUAAAGACAUCCUCAGUGGUACAGCAUUAGUAGGAAAGAGAAAGUCAUCACAAGUAUAUACACUGGCAGGAUUAGAAAGUAAAAUACAUGUCCUCAGCAACAGAGGAAAAGAGAUUGGAGUCUCUUGAUUGGUGGAUACAUUCUUAGUCAUAAAUAAAAUGAAUCUCCUUAGUAACAAGCAGUAGCAGUAUUAAUUGGUUGUUGGGUUUCACUAACAGCUUUGGUUUAUAUAUUUGCUCAUGCUCCUGGUUUGGAUACAAAUGUGAAAAAGAUGAAGAAAUUUACUACCAAGUCACUAAUGAAUGGAUUAUUCCCCUGUUCAGUAGCCAAUGAUAAGAAAAUACCCAAUAUGCAUACUAUUCCUUUGUCAUACCUUAUGAAAUUCAGAAUUUAUCCUUUUAGUGUUUGCAUUUAAGAAAAAGGGCCAAAUAAUUUUACAAAAGGUAUUUAAUAUAACUUUAUUAAACAAAAUUUUACAGUUAAAAUUGUCGUGUGCUGAUCAUACAAAGACACAUUUUUGUCUGUAACUAACAUUUGUAUAGCACUGAUAAAGCUUGAUCUUUUUACAAUAUUGAUUGAUGUAAUGCUUUAUCCAAGUGUAGUUUAUAUUCACCUCUACAAACUGAUCGAAAUGUAAAGCAUUAUUAGCUAAUUAAAUAAGUAAAAGGUAGUUCAUAUGGAGCCAGUGCAGUGAAUUCAAAAGUAUUCUUACCAUCCAAUUCAGUGCUUGUCUGUUUGUCAAGUGUAAAUUUGUCUCCAGUAACUUUAAUUUUUUUAACAUAUUUUGUUACCAUCUCUGUUAUAAUAUUCCGUCCUUCCAUACACCAACAGGGCCGUAACUACCUAUGAGGCAGGGGAGGCAACUGCCUCCCCUAAAUUUUCUACACCAAAACUUUUUUUUAAGUAAUAAAAUGAAAUAUUGACAAUAUGUACACGAAGAACUUGAAUUUAUAUUAUAAACAACACAAGUUUACAGUUUUAACAGUUUUAUCAUGAUACGCCAUAUAUAUCUGUCAUUUCUCGGAUUUUUGGAUCGAAAGUGAACCGUUUCAGUAUUUUUUUAAUUUUUUUUUUCGUGUGGCCGUCCGCCUGUUAUUCAGUUAAGCUGGUUCUCGACUGACUACUACACUUUGUUCAUAGUUUGAGUGUGGCGAUAAUACAAGCGGAUUUCCAGUUUAUUAUUAAGUAUUCGUACGAGAACACAUAUGAAACUUUGCUUUCGAUAAUUUUGAAUAAAACUUUUAACUAUU